AUGCCAUUGAAGCAGGUCGGAUUUGGCCAGUACGAACGUCCCUUCGACACGCUCGAGCUCUUCUAUCACCGCAUUGCAGCAACCGGCUUGCGUUUCCAGAAGGAACACUACCACAUAUCCAGUGUCAUUCAGCUUAAAAAUGUGCCUUCUUUGACACAGUUACACCAGGCGUGGAAGGAACUACGACAUCAACACCCGCAGAUCUCAGCUAUCUGUGAUGAGACAAGUUCUCGGUUGAUCUAUACAGUUCCUUCCCCGGAGACCCUUGAAGAGUGGCUAAAGAAGACAUUUAUUGUGCACUUCAGUGAGACUCGUCCCGCCGAGAGCCUUGAUACAGUUCUUCCUCCAUCCUCCCUAUUCAUGCUCCAUUAUCUACCACAGUCAAGGGAAUUGUUUUUCCGUACACCGCAUUGGCGUACCGAUGGAAUAGGCAUGGUCCUGCUACAGCACGACUUUUUGACCCUACUAGCUAGAGGCCCUCAAUCUGCCCUGGAAUUUGAUGGCUCUGAAGUGUCACGCAUACCUCCAAGCUUGGAUGAAGCUGUUGGUAUAUCACUUGACAUUACGGAUGAAAUGAAACUGGGUACCGAAGCUGAGUUGUCCGUUAUUACUAGUGGGGCAGCGCCCGCCUCUAUCACCCAUACUCUGCAGAAUAAAACACCCGGGAACUCGCGCCGUUUAAGUACUCGUAUUUCCAAAGACCUCAGUCGGAAACUCAUCGCGGCGAGUAAGCUCCGCGGUCUGAGGGUGACAGCAGCUGUCCAAUCGGCCCUUAUUCUUGCUGUACGGCCGCAUAUGGUUCCCGUGGAUGGGCGCCUAGUCUGCUUUAACGCAUAUAACAUUCGUGAUCGAGUUCCAGCGCCCUGGAGUGGCCCUCAGGGAGCGACUGGUUUAUAUCAUACAGGCCGGCCCUGUAGCAUUGACUUGGGUGUCAACAAAGAUUACGAUGCUAUUGCUACAAUUUUGACUUCCCACUACCAGCGCAGUUUACAACCAAUUUUCGAAAUAAUGCCAUGCUACGUACAGACUACCACCUCACUGCUAGCAGCACCGCUAGAACUAUCGAUCCAAGCACCGGGUGCCGCGCAUCCCGAGCUCAGCUCACUUGGUGUUAUCGAUGACCGUCUGCCAACAGUUCACACAGGCCCCGCAGCCACGGUAGAGAUUGAAGACUGGUGGCUGGGUGUUCAAAUUAUCAACCGAGUUUUGCAAACGUAUCUAUGGACGCGUGAGGGUGAGAUACAUCUCACUUGCCAUUUCAAUGACGCCUUUUAUGAGCAAGGAUUUGUCGAGGGUCUUCUAGAGGAGUGGAAAUCUAAGUUGGUGGGGGAGCUGAUAACCUAG